AUUUGAAGUGUUGGGCCUCGGGAAUCGUUGGCAACUUUUUGAAAUGAGACUUCUAGUUUGCCGGUCAUGCAUUACUGCCUUGCGAUCAUUUAGUAAUGGAGCCUCGAAACGAACGCCCCUUUAUGAUUUUCAUAUUUCACAUAAAGCCAAAAUGAUUGAUUUCUGCAAUUUUCUUAUGCCAUUACACUACUCAGACCAAAGCAUCAUUGAUAGUCAUCAAUUCGUGCGUCAACAUUGCGGUCUUUUUGAUGUUUCCCAUAUGUUGCAAGCAAGUUAACCUGUUUACAUUUAUCUACAACAGAUGCAAGUUUCUGGAAAGGACAGAGUUAGCUUCUUAGAAUCCCUCACUUGUGCUGAUAUUGAGGGAUUACCUAUUUCAUCUGGAACUCUCUCUGUAUUUUUGUUAAGUAGCGGCGGAAUACUAGAUGAUACUAUUAUAUUAAAAUGCAAAGAACCUUAUUUGUAUGUCGUUUCAAAUGCAGCAUGUUCAUCAAAGAUUAAAAAUCAUGUUACAAAAAUGAUGACUAAAGACGUAAAUGACGGUAAAGAAAUAAACAUUAAAGUUCUAAACCAUUCUCUCUUAGCACUGCAAGGACCAGAUGCAUAUUCAGUUAUCCGUGCAGGUAUCUCAUCUACUAGUAUAAGAAACUUUGAGAAUCUUUUUUUUAUGGAAAGUAUGCUCAUUGAUUCAUUCUACGGUCUGAAUACUCCUGAUGGUGAUAUUCGUUUAACACGUUGCGGAUACACAGGUGAAGAUGGUUACGAAAUCAGUAUCCCACCAGAAAUAGCAAUCCCGAUUGCUGAGGUUCUGGUAAAAAACCCUUCUGUAAAACCUAUUGGGUUAGCUGCUCGUGAUACCUUGAGAUUGGAAGCUGGUUUGUGUUUAUAUGGAAGCGACAUAUCGGAAGAAACAACUCCAGUUGAAGCUUCUCUUUCAUGGCUUAUUUCAAAACGAAGGCGUUUGUGUAAAGACCCGAAAUUUCCUGGUUGCUCAAUUAUAACUGAUCAAUUGAAAAAUAGAAGUGCAUUAAAAAAUAAACGAAUCGGUUUGAUUUGUGAAUCAGGUCCACCAGCAAGAAAUGGUGCAAAAAUCUUUGAUCAAUCUUUGCAACUGGAAAUAGGUGUCAUUACAAGUGGUUGUUUUUCACCUACAUUAAGUAAGAAUAUUGCAAUGGCUUAUGUAAAAUCUGAAUAUUGUGAAAAUGAUCGACAACUUUUUGUACAAAUUCGUCAAAAAUUCUAUCCAUAUACCGUUACAAAAAUGCCAUUCGUUGCAACUAAAUAUGUUAGACGAUCUUAAUAAUUAUAGGGCUUAUUAAUAUUUUGUAUUUGUUUUGAUAUUCCUCGUUUGUUUAUUUAUUUUAAAUAGUUAAUGAUUUUUAAAAAUCUUUUCUGUUCUUAUUAAACUCGUAGCUUAUUUCCAACAAUACUGCUAGAUGUGUAUAUUUUCUAAUGACUUCUAAAGUUAGUGUCUCUUCGUUUAGCUUAUAUUGUUGAAUGAAAAAAUAUUAACUUGAUAAAUUUAAUCUAUUCAAUGUUUUAAAUUUUCGAAAUAAUUUAAUCAAAACAUAUCAUUUG